CAAGAAUUGAGGCCAUGUUCAUUAGACGAUCAACCGCGGUCCCCACAUAAAAGUCUUUGUGGCGUUUUGUGGCUGUGCAAAUCUACCCCAGUUUGGUGCGGCUUGGGCCAGGUGUUCGUCAUCGCCGCCGGGGAACCUCUUGCCGUAUAUUACCUACUAUCCACCCUUCCAGAUGACCACGCCUCGCCUUCUCUUGGGAGUUUCACCAAUCUUGUAUGGAUGCGACAACAACUGUCAAUUUAAUUCCAAACUCACACUUCAAUACCAAGACCGUGCCGGUAACCAAAGCUCAUUCCUUCCUCUGGCGCCCACUAUCGAGCUCUCAAGUUCCUGAAGCUCUUCUACUACCACGAUGGGACUCAGGCAGCAGUCCUCGCAAGGCAACCUUGUGCCUGCGCCGCUCUCGCCAGCCGUCAACAAUCCUCCGUAUCCUGUAACACCGAGUACCGAAGAACCGCCAGUACUGCCUCCCGAAUUCGCUCCAGAUCCGAACCGGUCUCCAGCUUUCACCAUCAGAACUCCAGACCCCCCACAAACGACGACCAAGGAAGACAAGGAUGGCUCGGAAUUUAGCGAAUCAGACUGGGAAAAGUCCGACGAUGAGGAUGCCGCGCCGAACCAUGACAUCCCGGAUCCUCUUAAGAUAGGUGGAGGAAAGCCGAUUCCCUCUCCUAGACAGAAGAACACUGAUUCGUUACCUGACGCCUUGAAGGUUGGUCCACCAGCAGGAGUAACAAGCAAGAUGUCUUGGGAGAAGCUGGUGCCGGAGCCUACGGGUUCCACCGAGGCUUCCUGGGGUGGAGUUAGCACUACUAGCUCAGGCGGUUCCAUCCCUCUACAGACGAAUAAUCCCUAUUUGCGCAUGCAGCAGACGGGACAAAGCAACUAUGGUGCAGAGAGCAGCCAACAGGUUUGGGGAGACGUAUCUGGUCAAGCGCAAAAGCACGAAGAAGUGGCCGAGCUACCCACAACUCAAACCCCAGUUACUCCCACAGACCACAUGGCGAAGCUUGCCUUCCACAGCGAUGUCGACCAGCCACCAAGACCAAACUCGCCAGAUCAGCCGCCACUUAUUGCAGUGGAAUCGCCUACACCCCUCCAAACCCCUGCCUCAGCAAACGCACACCAACAGGCCACGUCCUCGCAGGCCCGGGAACCGGACACACAUGUCUCCUCCGUUGACGCCUGGGCCAGAAAACACGGUCUCCCUACGGACAACGAGUUUGGAGAUACGUCCGAGCUGACUCGGCCGGAACAGCAGAACUGGACCCAGGGCGAACAGGGAAAGGAACAACAGACCGCUAUUGUUGGAAAUGGAACUCCCUCGAGGGUUGACCAGGGACCGCAACAAGUAGGGGGGGCUGAAUUCCCUGGGCAAGCGGACAGUCUCCCACCGACGUCACUGCCCUCCGCAGACGAGGAACCCCCGGCGCUACCGCCGAGGCGGUCCCAUGAGCAGGAACAACCUCCCGCCAUGCCUCCACGCCCGAUAGAUACUACUGCAGGUGGAUCUUUGCUCCCAGACAUAGAGUCACCCAACACUGUCAUGAACAAGCGCAGGAAGGAGCACUAUCCCAUCAAACAUAUCAGGUGGCUAGACGCAAAUACUCGACAGAUUCGAGAAUCGCCCAUACUUACACAGAACAUCAACGGCCCAUGUCCACUCUUGGCAUUGGUUAACGCCCUCGUCCUAUCAACCCCUGCAGGACUGAAGACGGAAUUUGUUGAAACGCUUCGAACUCGCGAGCAAGUGAGCCUUGGGCUGCUAGUGGACGCGGUUAUCGAGGAGCUAUUAUCCGGACGCCGCGGUACUGAGCUGGGGGAUGUCAAUGAAUUGUACAAGUUCCUGAUAGGUCUUCAGACGGGAAUGAAUGUCAACCCGAUGUUUGUGCAGGAGCCGGCGGAGAACCACGAUUCUACGACGCUGACCCAUCCCACCGCUCGGCCUGGAGGAUUUGAGAGCACUCGCGACAUGCGGCUGUAUAGAACGUUCAACAUUCCGCUGAUACAUGGAUGGUUACCCGAGCCAGGGUCGGAAGCUUAUAUCGCCUUCGAACGCGUAGCAAAGUCAUACGAGACUGCACAGCUAGUCCAGUUCCAGGAGGAAGAACUUGAGCGCAAACUCCAAGAAGGAGGGUUGAAUCCCGACGAACAGCGGCUCUUCACCGACAUCCACGCGAUCAAAGAGUUCUUCAGUCGCUGGCCGACUCAACUCUCCGACUAUGGGCUCCAGAAUAUGCAGCAAGCCAUCAAGCCCGGUGAAGUCGGAAUCCUCUUCAGGAAUGAUCACUUUUCGACCCUCUACAAGAAUCCUCACACGGAUGAACUCAUGACGCUCGUGACAGACCAAGGAUACUCGAGCCACGAGGAAAUUGUGUGGGAGUCACUUGUUGACGUUAGCGGUCGGGGCAACGAACUGUAUUCAGGCGACUUUCGGGCAGUCGGGAAUAAUAACCUCCCGCAGAGACAGCAGCAGCAACAGCCGGUCCAAAGUCUCCUGGAUAUCGGCGAUGACCAGGGCUGGGCGACAGUGUCUAACAACCGCCGGCGGAAUCAAUCGAGCUCGGCACCUGGGCUUGUCUCGGUGCAAGACUCCAGCAACCCGACGACGGAGACGAACAGGAGCAGAAGCGAGCAAGAGGAUCACGAUCUUGCACUAGCGCUGCAGCUUCAGGAGGAGGAGGAAGCGCGGCAUGAGGAAGAGCGGCGUCGCCGGGAAAAUGCGCUCUCCGAGGACGCAAUAUCAGGCCAAGGACAAGGGCGAGGUGGAAGCGGACGCACACCUCGCCAAAGCGAAUACCCUCCGCUCAUACCGCCCAGGCGCAGUAACCUUUCUACUCAGCGACCGAACAACGAGGCUGCUCCUCCGCCUACGUACGAAGAGGCGGCGACGUCGCCCCAAUAUCACCCGCCCCAGGGCGUCGCACCGAAUCCAAGUCGGCCGCUCCGACCCCGGAGCACUUCGUAUCAAGCGAGCAGCGCAGGUGGGCGACCCAUGGGCCACAUGCCACACGGGAUGCCGCCACGGGGAGGGAGGCGGCAGAGCGGUGUAGUGGGUCCGGAUGGUCGUCAGGAGAAGGAGAAAUGCACGGUUAUGUAGUGCAUUCGCCAUUCUACAUGUGUAUUCGUUUUUUGCUUCUGCUGAUCUUGACUUGUCAGGGACUGCAGUUGCACUGUCUGGUAACAUCGUGCCUUGGUUCUAACCUUCUAUCUUGGCAGCGCUUUUCUCUCCACAACAGGCGUUUUUGGCAGGGCUAGUUAGGGACGUUAUGGCUUAUACCCUCCGUCUAGAUUUGCUCGGAUAGUAUGAUGGACAGCGUCCAGGAGCGUUUACAGUACCUAGGUAGGCACGAUUAUGAUUAUUUCUGGUCACGUGCGCAUCUGCGUACUCGAACUGCAUUGUACAUAGCUAGAUCAAUC